CCAGACAGCUUCUUGCUCCCCUUUGUCUUCCAUAUCGAUCCGGCGAUCACGGUCAAGGUCGCAAACUGCUGGACAUUGCUUCACGUGAAUCUAUACCUUCUGGAAACGAUAAAUUCGACUCAACAACGACAUGCAUCGGUAACAACGAUUGCCUACUCCGAUACCCCUAUCAAAGCCCGAAAACGUACGUGUCGCAUUGUCGUAUUAGCAAGAUACCGGGACAAAGAACCGAGAUACCCAACAACCAUGGCUAGGAAGUCUGCUGCAAGUCUGGCCAACCAUGCGAGGCUUCACAAACGCGAAAACUCCACAACAUCAAUGAAGAGCCCAGCCAGCCUACAUUCGACUGAAAUGCCAUGGGCCGAUUGUUAUGCGAUUGAACCGACAUGGAAAGAAAGUGGCGUUUUAGAAAUGGCGUCUCCGAAGUCAGUCAAGAUUAAGCCAUAUUUGCGAAAGCUAUCAAUGAAAAACGAAGGAGGGAUCGACCUAUCACGUCCAGCUGCUGAGAAUGAAGGUCUUACAGGCUUGGGCAUCGACGAUAUCCACAUUAGUUCUCCUAGAACCAUAUCAGAUGUUACCUUUUCACCCAUAGGCACGCGCACGAAGCAUUCAAGGUCCACCAGCAACACAUCCCAGUUUUCCAACAACUCCGGACCACGCCCUUCACAGCCGUAUCACAUUCACCCUCUAAGACCGACUCCGCGACCAUACACGCCGCCAGUACCAUCAUACGCCAAUUCAAGUAAUGGUUGUGAAGAAGACUCAGAGGCGCAUGAUGUCGUCUAUACCGAGAGCAUCCGUGAUCGCUCCCUUCCUCCAGGCCCAUCACGACGAUCAACCUCGAUAUCUUCGAGUAAAGCACCGCCAAUGCCACCGCUCCUGAUAACAUCAUCUUCGUUCACCAAGAUGGGAACCCCAUCGCAGAGCAGUCUUUCCAUAGCCUCUCCUGUCGCUGGCCGACCGCGUGGGGACACUCUUCGCUCACUAGACUCUUUCGCAACCGCUCCCAGUUCUCGUCCGUCACUUGAUAAAUUCAGUCUCAUUCGUGGCCGCGAUUCGCCCUUAGAUCCAGUUUCGCGUGCGAAUGAGAUUCGUCUUGCUCGGCAAGCAUAUAAAGAGAAAGAAGAAGCAAAGGACCGAAAAAUGGAAAAGGAGGCCAUGAAGAAGGCAGAUCAAGAUGCUCGCAGGGAUGAACGUAAACGUGAUCGCCAAAGACGAAAAGAGGAGGCUGCAAGCAAACGAUCUUUGAGUGUGAGCAAUGAAAAGCUGGAAUAUACAAACGUCAUUGGCCGCGAAUAUGGCGAAUUCCGACCUGCGCAUGCGCGAUCCAUGCCCGCGAGAGUUGACACUGGUCUGUCGGCCAAACGCACGCAUACAACGCAAGACUUGUCGAAGACGAAGAAGGCAAGGAGUCGAUGGCUGUCCUUCAUUGCGUGGCUCAGGACUCGCUUUCUUCGAAUGGGACAUCACGGUCAUUCGCGUUGAUCCGUUCAGCACUUAUCUCGUGAACCAAUAUCUAUUUGGUGACUCUUCUCACGCCUAUUACUUCUUCCCAUAUUAGGCUGAGCUCGAUGUUUCUUCAUACUCACGCCAUCUCAUCGACUUGAUUCUGUAUUCGCUUCGACUACCCUUUCAUCUUCAGCGCGGCGUUAUUCUUGGGGGAUUUA